UUUCGAUCUUAUUGUUAUUAUUGGUGCCGAUUUAUUGGUUUCGACUCCUUAUUGGUUUUGUCUUUUUGUUAGAAAUGUUUUAUCAACACCAACAGCAAAAUCCUCAACCAACAACAUUGGAAGCUAAUGCUUAUCCAUCGCAAUAUUGUCAACAUCAACAACCUGAAUCACAAUUAAACCAACAACCAAUAGGACCAACAGAAAUAGUGUUCCCUCAAUUACUGCCACAGGCAUCAAAUUUUGAUUCAGACAUAUUACAGCAACAGUCUUGUUCUGCUUCGAAUCAAAUUGUUCAAUUGGAAACCGAAAAAAAUAGUUGUGACCAAGAAUUAACAGGAUUAACCGGGCGUCGGAAUUCUACUAACGCUACAGAGUCUACUAUUGGAGAGUCGGCUGGCAUAAAUGACAAUAUUCUACCUGCUGAGCAAUCAAUAUGGGUUAUGAGGGAGUCCUAUCUGAAAAGGCGCGAACGUGAUGAACAAAAGCGGCUUGAACCAGAUUUUUCUGAACAACCGGUGCCGAUUUGUUUAACAGAAACUGAAGAUGCAGUAAAAAGCGUACAAUAUGAUGACGAUGAAACUGAUAGGCUUUUAGCUACGGAAUCAACCCAAGAAUGCAAAAAUAAACAUGAUGUUGGAACCAGUGGCCCAAUUGAAGAAGCAACCGAUAAUUCUAAUGGAUUAGCAAGUCGGAAGGGCAGCAAAAAAGAAGUAAUUAUUCAUGAACCUGCGGUGCUUAUAGAGGGCGUUCUUUUCCGAGCACGAUAUCUUGGUUCAACUCAAAUGAGUUCUGACGGACGGACCACAAAAAGUUCGAGAAUGGCGCAGGCCCAGGAGGCGGUUACUCGAGCACCUGAAGGAGAACCUCAACCAAGCACUGAAAUAGACUUGUUUAUCUCAACUGAAAAGAUAAUGGUUUUGAACACAGAUCUUCAGAGAAUAUCAGAAACAGAUGUGCGUCAGGACAUACUUAUGGAUCACUCAUUGCGUUCCAUUUCCUACAUAGCAGAUAUAGGAGACUUGGUUGUGCUUAUGGCCCGGCGAAUGCCUUGUCAACAGGAACAGAGUGAGAAUACCGAAAUUAUAAGAAAAGCACCUCGCGUGGUCUGUCACGUAUUUGAAUCAGAAGAGGCUAAUUUUAUUGCCCAAUCUAUUGGGCAGGCCUUUCAAGUUGCAUACACGGAAUUUCUGCGAGCAAAUGGAAUUGAUGAUCCAAAUUACUUACGGGAUAUUGAUUAUCAAGAAGUGUUGAAUUCUCAAGAGAUGAUGGCUGAAGAACUGGAGCUGCUGGCGCGUAAGGAGACGCAAAAGGAUGUAGUUAUAUCAAAGCGCGCAGGUGAACCUAUUGGAAUAGUAAUUGUUGAAUCAGGAUGGGGCUCAAUGCUUCCAACAUCGGUGAUUGCUAAUAUGGCGCCAGGUGGACCUGCUGCGCGAUCUAAUCAGUUAAAUAUUGGCGAUCAGGUGAUUGGAGUCAAUGGUAUCUCACUUGUUGGAUUGCCGCUAAGUGCUGCACAACAAAACAUAAAGAAUGCUCGUUCAUCUACAGCUGUUCGACUGACAAUUGUUUCGACUCCACCUGUAGUAGAAGUACGAAUAAGACGACCAGAUACAAAAUAUCAACUUGGAUUUAGCGUUCAAAACGGAAUAAUUUGUUCGCUUCUUCGUGGCGGUAUCGCUGAACGAGGUGGCAUACGUGUGGGUCAUCGUAUUAUUGAAAUAAAUCAAACUAGCGUUGUGGCUGUCACACAUGAGCGAAUUGUCAACAUGCUGGCUACAGCUACUGGCGAGAUCCAUAUGAAGUGGGUUUAUGCUUAUAUUCUAAAAGUAAAUCUAAUUCAGAACAAUGCCAACAUCGAUGUUUCGUUUGCUGACUGGGCAGGAGAUACCAAACUACAUAUGAUGUUUAAUAUUUAUAAAUUGUCAUAUUGUAAAAAUUUAUAUAAAUAA